UUGGACCAGAAGCAUAUUGCUUAGCAUAGCCAUGUCCCUCAAGCUUGUGUUACUGGUGAUUUUGCUGGUGACACAGGUAGCCAGUGAAGACACCAGUUUCAUCUAUAACGGGUUCCAAUCAUCUCAUUUGUAUGUUGAUGGUAUUGCUGAGUUAACCUCCAACGGCUUACUCAGACUUACCAAUGACACCAAGCAACAAAAGGGUCAUGCCUUUUAUCCAAGUCCUAUAGUUUUCAAGAACACCUUCAAUGGAAGUGUGUCUUCUUUCUCCACUACUUUUGUGUUUGCAAUAAGAACUGAGUAUCCCACUCUGAGUGGUCAUGGCAUUGUUUUUGUGGUUUCUCCAACAAAAGGGCUUCCAAAUUCUCUUCCAAGCGCGUACCUUGGCCUCUUUGACAAGUCUAACAAUGGCAACGACAGCAACCAUGUUUUUGGGGUGGAACUUGAUACCAUUCUGAACAGUGAGUUUGCUGAUAUCAACGACAACCAUGUUGGAAUUGAUAUCAAUGAUUUGAAGUCAGCUACAUCAGCUCCUGCAGGAUAUUACAGCGGUCGUGAGCUUAAGAAUUUGAGCCUUUUCAGUGGCUACCCGAUGCAAGUAUGGGUGGAAUAUGAUGGGGUAAAGAAGCAGAUUGAUGUUACUUUAGCUCCAAUCAACAUUGGUAAACCAGAACGCCCUUUGUUAUCAUUGACAAAAGAUCUUUCUCCAAUUCUGAACAAUAUCAUGUAUGUUGGAUUUUCAUCCUCUACUGGGUCAGUCCUAACUUCCCAUUAUGUUCUGGGUUGGAGCUUUAAGGUCAAUGGCCAGGCUCAACAACUUGCAAUCUCUGAACUCCCCAAGUUACCUAGACUUGGUGAUAAAAAAGAGUUUAAGUUUUUAACUGCUGGAUUGCCUUUGAUAUCAGUUGUUUUGGUUCUCAUGAUAACUCUAGCAGUGGUUUUUGUCAUCAAAAGGAAGAAGAAGUUUGCUGAGGUGCUUGAGGAUUGGGAACAGGAAUAUGGUCCUCAUAGAUUCAAGUUCAAAGAUCUUUACUUUGCCACAAAGGGGUUUAAGGAGAAGGAGCUAUUGGGAACUGGUGGAUUUGGUAGAGUCUACAAAGGGGUCAUGCCAAUUUCCAAAAUUGAAGUUGCAGUGAAGAAGGUGUCCCAUGAAUCCAGACAAGGGAUGAGGGAAUUUGUGUCAGAAAUUGUUAGCAUUGGUCGUCUUCGCCAUAGGAAUCUGGUUUCACUUCUGGGAUAUUGCAGGCGCAAAGGAGAGUUGCUUUUGGUCUAUGAAUACAUGCCAAAUGGAAGCCUAGACAAGUAUCUCUAUAACCAACCAACAGUGACCUUAACUUGGAGCCAAAGAUUUAGAAUCAUCAAAGGGGUUGCUUCAGGUCUGUUUUAUCUACAUGAAGAAUGGGAGCAAGUUGUGGUACACAGAGACAUAAAGGCAAGCAAUGUACUACUAGAUGCAGAAUUGAAUGGUAGAUUGGGGGACUUUGGUCUUGCAAGGUUAUAUGACCAUGGAACUGAUCCUCAAACCACCCAUGUUGUUGGAACUCUUGGGUAUCUAGCUCCAGAGCAUACUAGAACUGGCAAGGCCACUACAAGCUCUGAUGUGUUUGCAUUUGGUGCAUUUCUACUAGAGGUUGUCUGUGGAAAGAGGCCAAUAGAGCACAUAGGGGAACAUGAGACUAGAAUUCUGGUUGAUUGGGUGUAUGCUUGUGGGAAAAGAGGUGAGAUACUUGAGGCAAAGGAUGUAAAUUUGGGCAUAGAUUAUAGGUCUGAUGAGGUGGAGUUGGUGUUGAAACUUGGUUUGUUGUGUUCACAUUCAGAGCCUUUAGCUAGGCCUAGCAUGCGCCAAGUUGUACAGCACUUGGAGAUGGAUGAACCUUUGCCAGAUUUAUCUUUGCUUAGCUUAUCUUCCACUGGCUUAACUUUUGGAUACCAUGAAGAUUCUGAGGGCUUUGCACUGUCCUAUCCAUCUUCUAUGGAUAAGCCCUUCACCCAUAUUACCAAUACUAGUACUACUACUACUACUUCAAUUGCUGAAUCAUUUCUAUCUAGUGGUCGUUGAUUUCAAAAGCCACAUGAAAUGGUCAUGGUCUAUAUCUUAUGCUUAAUUGGUGUAUUUUGAUUUUGUAUUCUAUAUUAGUCAGAAAACCCGUUCAGUGCAUGGGUAAAAUAAUUUAGAUUUAAAAGUUUUAAAUAUGUUGUCAAUGUUUAACAACAAAAG